AUGUCCGGUCGCAGUUUCCACGGUACGUACGAAGAAGAGCGCCGCUACUUCAUGACCACACUGCACGCUCAGAUUGACAUUCUCAAGGACAACUACAAGGGAAGCCGACAUAUGGUUAUCAAGUCUUUGAAUCUUCUCCUUCUGCGAGUCGAAGGUCUGCGAAUGUCCGGACAAGCUCAUUUUGACCAUGAUAACUCUAGUUGGACAGUCAAAUGUAACAGGCUCUAUGAACGGGUGCAGUAUUUCAGGGAUACUCUUGUCAAGGACCGGAACAGCACCCGAAAAGUUGCCAAUGAAAUCGAGAGUAUGAUGAUAUUUUUGGACUUUUGUGUCCCCGCGGAUAUUCAAUACAGGAUUAUGCCAGAUCGAGGGGAUCGAAGUGGUGCCCCAUCGCCCGAGCCUAUGUGUUGA